AUUUUUUGUAUGAGAGUGAAUCAGCCGUGCGCCUGUUUGUCGUAUGUUUUAUUGUAAUUUCUUUCAUUCUAUGAGGAUUGAUUUAUAAAAUCUAGUAUUGGUAAAAAUAAUAACCAUUUGUGUUAUUGCAUUUAUAGUUACAGUGAAGUGGUUACGAUAAAAUGAAAAAAAGAUAAAGUAGACGCUUCGUUUUUCUUGUCUAGUUGCUAAUCGUAGGGUGUGGUUAUGUUGGAUUGUCGGGUCCAACGUCUUGAUUUUAGCUCCAUUAAAAUGUCGGGCGAUCACAAAACUUUGAUAAAAGGCAGUCCAUCUCAGUAUGUUAAGCUUAACGUGGGUGGUACAUUGUUCUACACUACCAUUGGUACUCUUACAAAGAGUGAUAACAUGUUGAGAACUAUGUUCAGUGGGCGUAUGGAGGUGCUCACAGACUCUGAAGGUUGGAUAUUAAUUGACCGCUGUGGAAAGCAUUUUGGUACAAUUCUGAACUAUCUUCGGGAUGGAACAGUUGCUUUACCAGACAGCUAUCGUGAGAUAAUGGAACUGUUAGCCGAGGCUAAAUAUUUCCUCAUUGAGGAGUUGACAGAGUCUUGUCAGCAGGCUUUGUCUAAAAAGGAGAGGGAAGCUGAGCCUAUAUGCAGAGUUCCCUUGAUUACUUCACAUAAAGAGGAGCAGUUGCUCAUCAUGUCAACAUCGAAGCCUGUUGUGAAAUUACUUAUCAACAGACACAACAACAAGUACUCAUACACCAGUACUUCGGAUGACAAUUUGUUGAAGAAUAUUGAACUGUUUGACAAAUUAUCACUACGCUUCAGUGGCAGAGUAUUGUUUAUAAAAGAUGUGAUUGGCUCUAAUGAAAUUUGUUGCUGGUCAUUCUUUGGACAUGGCAAGAAGUGUGCAGAGGUGUGCUGUACAUCCAUUGUCUAUGCUACUGAUAAGAAGCAUACUAAAGUUGAGUUCCCGGAGGCUAGAAUUUAUGAAGAAACUUUAGGAAUCCUGUUAUAUGAAAGUAGAAAUGGUCCUGAUCAGGAUCUGAUCCAAGCUACAUCUUCACGUGGUGCAGUCGGAGGUCUUUCGUGCACCAGUGAUGAGGAGGAGGAGCGGUCUGGACUUGCGCGACUCAGGUCGAAUAAGCAGAAUAAUCAAUCUUAGCGGUUACAGUCCGGCUUGGCGCGCCUUCGGAACUCCAAACGGACGAAUGUCUGAUACCAAGCUGGCUUAUUCUUGCCACUCUGUUGGCUGCCGUGCUUUGGUCUGUAGACUAUACUAGAGCUACCCCCUCUGUGGGUCUUUACUCUUUGAGCUCUCUCAGGAUAAAGGAUGUUGGAAUGGUGAUGUGAAGGAAGCAUUGUGGCACUAAUUCAGAUGAAAAUUGAUAUCAUGGACAACUUUUACUAAUAUGUGUCUACAUAUCGGUUUCGUGUUUAGUGAAAUAGAAUAUUAAACUCAAAAAUAUAGAAAAUAGUAUUUCCAUAAAUGUCAAAAUCAGUAGUGCAAAAUUAAGGACACAUAUCUUAGAAUACAAACCUAAACUAAUAGUUAAUGUUUAGAAAUUGUUAAUGUGCAGUAUACGAUUCAAACUUGUCAGUACCAAACCUACAGUAUUUGUUAUUCAUGUUAUUUCUAAGUGGGUGUGUAAAUGAAAAACAAUUACUCUUUUCUACCUAUAUUAUCUUCAAUUUCUAUAUAAAUCUAUAUGUCUUGUACUUGUAGCAAUUUAUAGAUGUAAAUAAAAAAACCACAAUGUUUAGUAGGUGUUGUCUAAGAGUUUAAUACACAAUGUACAAGCUUUGCAGUACAUUAAACAUUACACUUGAAAUACUUUUAGCUCAAGUAAUUGCCAAAUCAAUGUUGUCUAGUAAGUAGUGAGAUCUUGUUCCUGAAGAAACUUAAAUGAAGCUCAUUGAUUUUGUAUUAUAAAUAUUAUAAUGUAAAAUUGCCAUUGCUCUAUAUACAUUUAUAAAGUCAGUCUUGAACUUGUGAAGCAGAUACUUUGAUACUUAAAAUUCUAUUAGAAAAGGUAUGAUCUUUAAUAUUUUUGUUGCAAGUGAUUGUUUUGUUAAGAGGUCUAGUCUGAUAUUUAUUAUUUGUUCUGUGUACAAUGUAGUAUCUACCUUUGAACAAUAGUGCAAUACAGGUAUAGGUAGGUUGAGGCUAUUUACUAGUAACUAUGAAAUAUUUGUGAUGAAUUAAUGGAAGUCUCAACAUGAUGUGAUGCCAUAUAAAUUGUUAUUCCUGCCCACAUGGAGACAGGUGUCACUAGAGCAAGCCACAGUUGUAUAUAUUUAUCAAUGUAUUAUAGUAAUAAAUUCUAUCUUUAACUUGUUUAACUCACAAAUAUAUGCUCACUGUCUA